AUAAAACUUAAAUUUAAAUUCUAGCCUUAAGAAAUUGAUUAUUGACCAAUCGAUUACUUUCCUCACAUUCGAUUGCGAUUGGUCAAUUUUUUUACGGCUUAGGGUUUGAAGCUUAAGUUUUACAUCUUAAAAUCUCAUUGUAAAUACUACUUUAUGCGUAUUUUAUGGUAGCUUUGACAAUUGAAGAAAUGUGUAAAGGGCUGUAAAUACUCAGUUCUAUGUCAAGAUUGACGACUGCGGUUUCAUCAUCCAUGCAAUUAUGUACAAUAUGCAGUACAAAUGAACAUAAUUAUUGUCAUAUUUUCACGAAUUGUACGAGCAUUAUUCGAAGAAAUUUUUCGAGAUUAUUAUUUUUAGAAAAUUUACAAGCCAAGCAGAACAAUAGGUCAUAAAAAUGAAUUGAAAAGUGACUUUUAACAAUUAUUUUGGAGUCAUUUUGUCAUCACAUGACUUUUUGUUCUGUUUGGAUAAACACAAUAAUUGAUCGUAACUUUUUUCGUGUCCUUGGCACGCUUUAUCCAAAUAACGUUCGCAAACGUUUAUACGAAGAUAUGCGAUAACUUGCAGAAUGCAACGGCAUACAUCGUAGCGGCGCGCGUGAAGCGAGAUGCUGAAGGAAGUCGGCUGCGGUAGCACCACACCCCCGCUGGGGGACGGGGGUGGCGGGACGAACGGUAGGCAGAUCGGCGCGAACGAAGGGGGCGGCGGAGGCAGUGGGGGCGGCGGGGGCGGCGGUGGUGGCGGUAUCGGCGAGGGUGCUCUCGGUUGCGGUGGCUGCGGAAGGGAGAUCGCCGAACGUUGGUACCUAAGGGCGGCUGAUCGCGAAUAUGGUCUUGAAUUCCGUGCUCGGCGCGGUGCUAUACUUGCCAAUAAAGAAUGUGAAGAAUCAUAA